AUGGUGAGCAGUGUGGAGAGACCUCCUCCGUCUCCAGUGGGAUCUCAGCUUCUGAUUCGCACCAAAGACUUCAGAGUGUUUCAGCUCCUGGUUCCCAGUGAGAGAGACUGUGUGGACCUGCUCGCCUCCCUCACCCGCCUGUCCAGACCAGAGAAGUACAGUGAGUUGUACUGCAUGUCGUUCAACCCAAACGUGAACAAAGAGGAGAGAGAGGAGUCCUGGAGCUUCAUCGACCUGAAGGAGGACUACAAGAGGAUGGGGGUCCCCAACAACCUGUGGGGGUCCACUACGGCCAACAGCGAGUUUAGGAUCUGUGACACGUAUCCUCCGGAGCUCUUUGUGCCUAAGUCUGCGGUCCCGGCUGUGAUCGUGGGCAGUGCUCGCUUCAGGAGCAGAGGGCGCUUCCCGGUCCUCUCCUACUUCCACCAGGACACGCUGGCCUCUAUCUGCCGCUGCAGUCAGCCUCUGUCAGGGUUCAGUGGUCGCUGUCAGGAGGACGAGCUGAUGCUACAGGCCAUCAUGAAGUCCAACCCAGGGAGCGACUACAUCUAUGUGGUGGACACCAGGCCCAAGCUGAAUGCCAUGGCCAACAAAGCAGCAGGUAAAGGAUAUGAGAACGAGGACCACUACACAAACAUCAAACUGCACUUUAUCGGCAUCGAGAACAUCCACGUGAUGAGGAGCAGCCAACAGAAGAUCAUUGAUGUGGGGGAGCUGAGGACUCCCUCUGUGACUGACUUCCUGUGGGGUCUGGAGAACUCUGGUUGGCUCAAACACAUCAAAGCUGUUCUGGACGCAGGGACCUUCAUCGCUCGGGCCGUAGCAGAUGAAGGAGUGAGUGUGCUGGUCCACUGCUCAGACGGCUGGGACCGCACGGCUCAGGCCUGUUCUGUGGCCAGUGUUCUGUUGGACCCAUUCUACCGGACCAUCAAAGGUUUCAUGGUCCUGAUAGAGAAAGACUGGGUUUCCUUCGGCCACAAGUUCUCACACAGGUACGGUCACCUGGACUCGGACCCUAAGGAGGUCUCUCCGGUCAUGGACCAGUUCCUGGAGACCGUGUGGCAGUUGUCGGAGCAGUUUCCUUGUGCCUUUGAGUUUAACGAGUCCUUCCUGGUCUCGCUGCGGCUCCAGGUUUACUCCUGUCAGUCCGGGACCUUCCUCUGUAACUCUCCCAAGGAGCGACGGGACCUGAGACUGUGUGAGAGAACCCACUGCGUCUGGCCUCAGCUGUGGAAAGAGAGAGCUCAGUUCAUGAACCCUCUGUACAAAGCAGAACUGACCCAGAGCCAAGGCAUCCUCCGACCCAACACCUCCCCCUUCUGCUUCAAGAUGUGGAAGGGUCUGUAUAACCACACAGAGAGAGCAACUAAGGCUCCGGUCAACCAGGAGGAAUCGACCAAUCACGACGCAGUAUCCCCAGGAGGCCCCGCCCACAACCACGCGAGCUCCAACCAAGAGGACAGCAGCCCAGAGUCGUCGUCCAAUCACGUGGGAGAGGACUGA